GUUUACUGGCGAUUAAAAAGGCAGAGAACGCUCUGUGACCCCGUUUUUGCUGUGGCUUGUUUGUCGAAAUCAGAGAAGAAGAUGAAGAAGAAGCCAAAGGCGCCACGCAAGCAAGCAUCGCUUUCGCUUCCAAAGCUGAGCUAAUUCGCGGUCACUUCUAAUCUCAUCGGACGCAUUCCGACAGUUGACACCGCCCUCAUCGCCGCACGAUGGACGACUGCUUUGACCGCCUAAUGUUCAAGAACAGGCCCGGCAUACAGACUGCGAGCAGCAUUUUUUUCACCGUGAACAGCAUUCUGGUGAUGGUGUUCCUCUUCAGCGUCCUGAUGGCCGAGGACGCCGCCGUUCAGCUCAAGCUCAGCUCGAUCGACAGCAAUCCUGCAGAGAUACAGUUCGCCGGUUCGCUGGUGGUGUCCUCAUUCUACAUCAGCAGCCUCAUGGAUUUAUACCUUAUCAUCGGCAUUGAAGAUAACUCGCGCGUCCCAAUGUUGGCAUACAUGUGGUGGUCUUCGUUCACAACCAUGGCACACGCCCUGGCUCUGAUCGCCAUCGCCAUCUGGAAGAGCAACAAGGAGAACGUGGCGCUAAUCGGACCAUUCGUCGGCACUGCUGGUUUAUUCGUUUUAUUGAAGGCCUACUUCACAAGAAAAGUGUACCGUUACAGCAUGCUGGUGCUGAACCCGGACUUCGUCGCUGCCGAAGUGGCCGAAAUGUCUGCCGCAGCUGCUGCCGCCGAGCGAUUAUCGCAGCCGCCGCCAACAUUCGCACCUCAUAGGGAUUCUGCCGAAUACGUGCAACUUAAUAAAUUUGGAUAACGUC